AUGGAAGCUUUGGUUUUUACUAGUUCAAUGUCAAUUCUAGUAAAUGGAAGUCCGACUAAAGAUUUUGUUGUUUCACGGGGGAUUCGUCAAGGGGAUCCUCUUUCUCCGUUUCUUUUUCUUUUAGUAGCGAAAGGUUUAACGGCGUUAAUGAAGAAAACAACAAGCUUGGGUGAUUAUGUUGGUUUUAAGGUUGGUAAUGAAGUUCAUUUUGAGAUUCUUCAAUUUGCGGAUGACACUCUCUUGAUUGGUGAUGGGUCGUGGAAUAACUUGUGGAGUAUUAAGGCCAUGCUAAGAGGUUUCGAGUUGGUUUUCGGACUUCGAGUUAAUCUUUCUAAAAGUAGAUUUGUGGGGUUGAAUUUGGAAACGGAUUUUAUACAAGCGGCUUCUACCUUUCUUAAUUGUUUGGUGGGAUCUUUUUCCUUUUCUUUCUUAGGUAUACCGGUGGGCAUAAAUCAUAGGAGGAGGGAGGUUUGGAGGCCGGUGGUAUCCAAAUUAAGAAAAAGGUACAGUGACAUUAGGAGAGCUAUGCUUUCCAAUAAUGUGAUUCACAAAAGAAACAAGGCGUCGCUUUGGUGGAAAGACCUUUGUUCGGUGGGCUCAAGAGGAAGUGGACCGUUGGAAAAUUGGUUCCCAUCUGCUUUCAUAUGCAAGCUGGGAAAUGGUGAGCACGUUGAUUUCUGGUUAGAUAGAUGGUUAUCGGGAGGAGCUCCUCUUUGUGACCGUUUUCCUUCUAUAUAUCGGUUUAUGGAGGCUCUAGGUUCUAAAGUGAUUGAUAACGGGUUUUGGAUAUCGGGUGUGUGGGAGUGGCGUAUUAAUUUUGACGAGUACUUGGUAGAAGAAGUCGAAGGUGAUUUUGUGGAGGAUCUUAUUCGGGUUUUAGAUGGGAGAACGCCUACGAAUGAUUUGGAAGAUACAUACAUUUGGUGGAAACAUUCUUCAGGUUAUUCAGUGAAGAAGGCCUAUGAAAUGUUGUUGGAAGGUCAGAUUCGGGGUGUGAGACUCGGUGUCGAUCUUGUGAAUUCCUUGGCUCGGCUUUGGAAGACCAAAAUCCCUAGUAAGUUUUUAAUUUUUGGGUGGAGGCUUCUUCUUGACAAACUUCCAACAAAGGUAAAUUUAGUUAAGCGAAAGAUUAUGUUAGCUUCUACGGAGAUUCUUUGUCCUUUUUGUGGGUUGGAGGAGGAAGAUUUGGAACACCUUUUUGCUUCUUGUCCGACUACUUCUCUUUGGUAG